GAUAUUUCCAUCCAGAUUUUAACAGGCUGGAACCAUUGAGCAGGUCCGGUCACUCCAGUCGGAAUUGUUUUGUGUACGGUACAAAGAUGGCCGCGUCCAUAAAAAGAGCGGUGCACUGGGAUGGAGUUAAAAGUUUUUAGACGUGUAUAAGCUGUAGAUCUAUAGAUUUAUUGAUCUGAUCUACUUACGAUCAGCUUAUAUUGAUCUAUUUUUGUUUUGUCUGAGACAUGGCUGAUAAUGCAGAGAUGGGUGGGGAGGAUACUGCGGAAAUUGCAGGAGGUGCAGAUGGCUUGACUGUGGCAUCCGAAGCAGCCGGUCCCUGGGGUCCGGCCGCCACGGCGGUUCUGUCUCUGCCGCAGGACCGCCGGCUGGUCUGCGUGGAGCACCCGUGCCGUGUCCUCAGCGUGGACAAGAUCCUGGAGACAGUCGGGGGCGAGGAGGGCAUGUCGCGGACCUACGCCGAUUCCUCCAGGCGCCUGGAGCUGUAUUUCCGCCCCAGGGACCCCUACUGCCACCCGGUGUGCGGUAACAGGUUCCCCUCCACCAGCCUGCUGCUGCGUGUCCGCAGGAGAGUGGCCAAGGGCCGUGGGAAUGAAGCCUCUGGAGACUCCCCUGAGCAGGAACAAAUGAGCAUGGAGAUUCUGGGCAUCAUCGGCACGACCUACAAGUUUCAAGGUAUGGCAGACUUUCAGUACCUGGCAGUGCACGCGCAGCCUGACGGCACGCAGACCUCCCUGUACGACAAGAUCUUGUUGCGGCGUCCGGAAAAGAAGGAGUUCUUCGACCAAGACGUACCCCUGUUCAUCCCGCCACCCAUCUUCUCGCGCCUGGACAACCCCGUCGACUACUUCUACCGCCCUGAAAUCCAGCACAGGGAAGGGUACACGCACCCCGUGCUUUCAAGCGAAAACCUGAUCGGGCUGAGCCGCGCCCGGCGCCCCCACAAUGCCAUCUUUGUCAGCUUCGAGGACAAGGAUGUGCCUACGGAGCCUCUGGAGGCGGCUGUGCAGAACUGGCAGAGGUUUUGCGCCCAUCCAGACAAGCACAGGGCAGAGGAGGAGAUAAAACAGCUGUUUGAGAAGCGCCCUGUCUGGUCCAAAAACGCGGUGAAGUGCAACAUGGAGAUUCACCCAGAGAAACUGAAACUGUUGCUCCCCUUCGUGGCUUAUUACAUGCUGACCGGUCCCUGGAGGAGCCUGUGGGUGCAGUUUGGCUACGACCCCAGGACUGACCCCAAGGCCAAGGUCUACCAGGUGCUGGACUUCCGGAUCCGCUGUGGAAUGAAGCAUGGUUACACCCCGAAUGACAUGCCAGUGAAAGCGAAGAGGAGCACGUACAACUACAGCUUACCCAUCACUAUCAACAAGACGGUGCCACCACCUGCCCGGCUGCAGGACAUCACAGAGGGAGGACCCAGCACCCUGCCCAGGCCCGCCCCCUGCAGGUACAAACUGAAAGAAUCUGCCUACAUCUUCCGUGAAGGCACCCUGCCACCCUACAGACAGAUGUUUUACCAGCUGUGUGACCUGGAGGUGGAAAGCUUGAAAAGGAUCAUUCAUCGCAACGAUGGCAAGGAGACAGAGUGCACGGAGCGCGACGGCUGGUGUCUGCCCAAGACCAGCGACGAGCUGCGGGACAUCAUGUCCAACAUGAUCAAGCAGAUCAUCCGCUCCAAGAGGCCAGCUCUCUUCCCCCCCAAGGCCCAGCGCCCCUCGUCUGGGGGUCCGCGUGGGGCGCUGGACAUGGACAGCGGCGAGGAGGACGAGGAAGACGAGGAGGAAGAGUUCCAGCCCUCGGAGGGGAGCGACAACGAAAUGGAAACGGAGAUGCUCAGCUACGUGUGAACCCGCCUCCAGCCCCUGUGAGGAGCCGGUCCUCCUUCCUGCCGCACUGGGAAACGCGACACCUGCGGGGACAUGCACUGGGACACGGACACCUGGCCUGCAGAGCCACACAGUCACACACAGCCAGGCUGGAUGCUUCCUGGGGCAAAGUGAGGGCAGUCUUACCACUCCUCAUGUACAGCAAGACCCGAAGCCUGCUCUGAUUCUGAAAAAUAAGGACAAUGAGUGAUUGGGCUUGAUGUAAUGAAUUUAAAAAUGUGUGUUUUCCUUUUUCUUCUGUGUAGUUUAGCUGCCUGAAGAAGGCAGCUGCUGGAUGCGUUUUAGUGUGUGGCUCUUUUUCAAACUGCAGGGAGUCGGGUCCGAUGUGUGUUGGUUGUGUAACGAUCAGGAGGGCCCGUUGUUUCAGGCGAGUGUCUUGGUACGUUCACGCUAUCUGCACGUUGUCUCGUAUUGUCUCUGCCGCAGAACUCUUCUGUAAAAAAAAAAAACAUUUUUUUUUGUCUACAAUUGAAAAAUCAUGUAACAUUCCACUAUACAAGCAGUGUACAAUUGCAUUUCAAUUCCUUGACAGGCAGAAAAGUACUGUAAAUGUUUUUCUUUGGGUUUCUGCAUAUAAACUCUUUGAGAAGACCA